AUGAAGACUUAUUACGGAUUUGAACACGCGGAGAGUGGAUUGCUGUUGCAGCGCCGACAGCGCGGAUCGAGAAAGUUGGUGUUUUGUUCCACAAAGUUUGGCGUCAACGAACAGUUUGAUGCGACCGAGGGCGAGCGCGGGAGCUUGAAGUUGAUCAAUCGGCGGUGCUUCGGGGCGUGGGAGGUGAUUUUGAAGGCUUUGGAGACUCCGGCCGAAGUGAGCGCGCGAAAGGAAUCGUUUCAAGAGCACUGGCACGCGGCGACGGAGAAGGCUGUGACACACGGCUUUGGCGCCAUGGAAAAUCUCGUUCGCACGUUUCAAAAGGCGCGAGACGGACACGAGCACGAGUUGACGCAUUUGAAUAAUGUUAUUAUUCGCGCGAUGCGUCAAAAGAGAGAUCAUAAGAUUGCGUACAGAGUCUUUUUCGCGUGGCGUAACUCGACGAUGAAAUCAAAGUCGUACAACAUCUCGGUUCGAAGGGCCGGUGCUUUUCUCGGCGAACGCAUCGUCAUGACGGUGCGGAACGUCUUCGAUGAGUGGAGGGAGCGAUGCGAUCGCAAAAAACGCAUGGUGCUAAAGGCUGAUGAGCGAUAUCAGAAAAUUAGAAUUAGAUUUUUGCGCGAGUACUUUUUUGAGUGGAAAAACCGUCUGUCUCGCGACAAGUGGUGUCGAUUAGCCGUGCAACGAUGCUUGAAAAAGUCCGAAAGACAAAUGAAACUCGCGGUUUUGAGUGUGUGGAAAAGCGAUGUUGAUAAAUCAAAGGUCGAUCGAGAAAAGAAACGAAGAGCCGAGCGUAUGAUGCUGGAAAUGAUGAACCACAAGCUGUACUCGGCAUUUUACAGUUGGCGAGACGCCGUGACGCAGAGUCGCAUGAACGAUGCCAAGGCACGUCAGAGCGUCGCGAAACUGUCGACUAGACUGAUAUUUAAGGCAUUCGUCGAGUGGCGCUUAGUCGUAGACACUGCGCGCGCGGAAGCGAUGGAAGGUAAAAAGGCCAUCACGUGGUUUUUGUGCUCGACGCAAAGAAGAGUCUUCACGCAGUGGGUCGGCGUCGCGCGAGAAAGUAAGCGCUUACAGCGAAUGGCGGCGAGAUUUAUCACCCGGCGAACAUCCUUACAGCUGUGCAACGCAUUUUAUGAGUGGAAAGAGAUGCUACACCGAAGUUCUGUGUACAAGGUUGCGAUGGAAAAAGCAAUCAGACGUUGGCAACAGCGACGUCUCGCCAAGGCAUUUGCGCAAUGGAGCGAAGUCGUGGAGCACAAAAAGUACGUGCGCGUGCAAGCUCACAAAAUGGCUGAAAAAAUGCGAAUAAAUUCCUCGACAGCGGCACUAUCAAUGUGCUUCUGGGGAUGGCUUUCUAUCGCCCAAGAAUCGCGCAACGUGCGCGUGACGGAGCAGUUGGCGAACGAACUCUUGGAGCAGCGUUUGGACAUUUUCUGCAAGAUUCAUGCGACUCGCAAGGCGAGAGCAGCUUUCGUGUAUUGGUACAAGUAUGCCAUGAGCCAGCGAGAUCAACGAUUGAAAUUGACUCUCGCACUGAAUCGUAUGACGUCUAGACUCCAGUUCACUGCAUUCAACACGUGGGUGCAAGUGGUUGAGGACAGGAAGCGUCAACGUGAGCUCAUGCGAACCGUUUUGAUGCGCGCAUCGAAUCGUCUCAUCUCAUGCGCUUUCAACGCUUGGCGCGAAGUCACCGCGGAUUCGAUCGCGGCAAAAAUUCAUUUGAAAAAUAUUGAAAAUAUCGUCAACCUUCAAGCGAAGAAUGCCGCGAAAGAACGACUGAAGAGAACGUUUUUGCAGUGGAAAGACUACGCUGUCCACACGCGGCGUCAGCGGCGGGUGGUGGCAAAGGCUAUCACUUCCAUACGCAAGCAGGCGCAAGCUAAAGCUUUCGCACGAUGGAGAGCGUCGGCAAAAAUAUUUGCGCAGCAGCGAAGAACGCUCGUUCGUGUGACGCAAAAGAUGCAACGAAACAAUCUUCGUAUGGCGUUUGAUACCUGGGCAGAACGUGUCGACGAAGCCAAGGUGCAUCGAGUCAUUUUCCAGAAAGCGAUUCAAAAGAUGUCGCAGUGCAAGCUGUAUUACGCGUUUUCAGGAUGGGUUGCGCGCGUCGGCGAAAAGAAGACCCAACGCGCGUUGCUUAACCGCGCCGUUUCUCGAUUCAGAGGAAGACGUUUGCACGUGGCGUUUUACGACUGGUCGAGCACCGCCGCGGCGCUGCGACAUCAACGACAAGUGAUCGAGAGAGUCGUGUCAAGGAUCAGGAACAGACUCUUGGCAGGUGCGUUUGAGCAGUGGAAGCAACGAGCGAGCGAGCAGCGAAUCGAUCGAUGGAAGAUGGAUCGGGCUCUCACACGUCUCACGCAACGAGUCAUUUUCACAGCUUUCAAUACUUGGCUCGACCACGUUCAAACAAAGAAACGUUAUCAAGCAAUCAUCGGCAGGUUCUACGAGAGAUUUAGAGACAGAUCUUUGCGAGGAACGUUUAAAACGUGGGUUCACGCCACGCAGGAGGCGAAAAUGCGUAGGAUGGCUGACAUGAAACAAGAGCAACUUCGAUCGAACAAGUUGGCGCAAAUCUUAGGAAGCGUGAAGCGGCAAUCUCUCGGUUACGCAUUCAUGCAGUGGCGCGAUCAUGUACAGGAAAUCAAGCAAAUGAAAGUAAAUGAAAGCAAAGCACGCGGUGUGCUGGCGCGAGCGCGAAUGCGCGCGGUAGCCCGUGCGUUCAACCGCUGGGUAUUUUUCAUCGAUGAACGACGACGCGUCAUGGACGCCGCUCACAUGGUGAUUCUUCGAGUGAAGCAGCGUCACUUAGCGUAUGCCUUUGACGGUUGGUUAGACGCCGUGCACAAAAAGAAGCGAAAUCGACUACUCGUCGCGAACAGUUUGAGGAAAAUGAGGUACAGAAUCACAGUCAGGGCGUUUUACUCUUGGAUUGAAAGCGUGGACGAAGCUCGCGCGUCUCGUGCGUACGAACGUCGCAUCGAACGCGCAGUGAAGAUGUCUUUGACAAAAGUGCUGAAUCGAACGCUUUCUCGAGCUUUCAACGCGUGGAACUACAAGAUGAUCGAACAAAAGCGUCACAGGACGCUCGUUUCAAAGUCUUUGCACCGCGCGCGCAAUAAAACGCUGGCGCAGGCCUUUGAUGGUUGGUCCACGCACGUGCUGAUGAUACGCAGACAAAAAGAGCUCGUUUCUACCAGCCUGCAACGCAUGCGCCGUCGGGCUCUCGUCAAAGCGUUUAAUAGUUGGUCGGGAUACAUGAAGCAAAUACGUUCCUUCCGUGUCGUCGAACGGCGACUGCAAAAUGUCGAGCGCGCCAUAGCGCCACUGCACGUGACUCAUUCCUCGGUUUCAGACAUGGUCCGAGUCAACGUAGCCAUGCGCUGGGGGCUCGCUCGUAACGAGCGCAUCUACAGAAACCCAAUGUUCAUGGCCUGGGUGCGGUACUCGCAAAGAAUUUCUGAGCACAGAAAUCGCACGGUGAAGAAGAUGCACGAUAUUCUUGCAGACAGAGCUCGACGAAAGUUUUUGCGCUCGUGGCGACAGUUCACGGAAGUGAUGAAGUACCAUCGAUUGAAAACCGAGCAUAGGCAGAAACGAGUCGUUCGCAAGAUUUUUAGCGAAUGGAAAAUGAACGCUCGAUCACCCAGCGGCGCGCAGGAGACGUAUUCGCUCACCAAAUAUGAACGCCCGACGAUUUCGACAGGUUGGGAUUUUGACAAGUCUUACGAAGAAAAUAUUCGUCUUCUCGGACGCAAUCGGGUGGCGUCGAAGGAAUUCGCGUAUGGCUCUCGAUAUUCAACUCCGACAGCAUCGCCUCGAACGAUGCCGACGGUCGUCGAACCAGAUUCGUACGAAAAGCAAUAUCGUGCCGUGAUGAGCGACGUUCAAACCAUGGAAGCUGAGGUCGAAGCCCUGUCGACGGUUCGAGAAAGCUUGCAAGACCAAUUUGACCUUCUCGCGCGCGAUGAAGCCUUGCGCGCCACGUUUGCUCGAGCGACGUCGGCUUCUGUUUCUCUAUUGGAGCAAACUAAGAGCACGUACUAUAGCGACCGGCGAUUCAGCGAACCAUUCAGCCCAGUCAAGGUGAGUCGACAACCGCCGCGGUGA